GCACGCAUCGGCACGGCUCCUCGCUCCGCCGCGCCGCCGCCGCCGCCAUGAAGCGUUCCCUGGACGCCAUGGAGGCGAAGCCCGUGUUCCUCACCAAGGAGGAGCGCCAGCGCCUCGCCCUCGAGCGCCGCCAGGCCGCCGUCGCCGACCAGCGCCGCUCCGCGCUCGACAUCCUCCAGUCGCUCCCCCGGGGGGGCGCUCAGCAAGCUCCCCCGUCCGGGGCCCCUCGGGACUCCUCCGCCUCGUCCCACCGCGACUCCUCCGACCGUGACAAGGACCGGGACCGCGACCGGGACCGGGACCGCCGCCGCGACGACGACUCCCGCCGAGACCGAGAUCGGGAUCGUGACCGUGACCGUGACCGGGACGAGCCUUCUCGGCGGGACAGGGACCGCGACCGGGACCGCGACCGCGAGCGCGACAGGGAGCACCGGGACAGGGAGCGCGGGGAGCGGGACAAGGACCGGGAGAAGGACCGGCUGGAGAAGAUGGCCGAGCGGGAGCGGGAGAAGGAGCUGGAGGCCAUCAAGGAGCAGUACCUGGGGUCCAAGAAGCCCAAGAAGCGGGUCAUCAAGCCCUCGGAGAAGUUCCGCUUCUCCUUCGACUGGGAGAACACCGAGGACACCAGCCGCGACAUGAACGCGCUCUACCAGACCCCGCACGAGGCCCGCCUGCUCUACGGCCGCGGCUUCCUCGCCGGGAUCGACCGCCGCGAGCAGAAGAAGGCGGCGGCCGUGUUCGAGAAGGAGACCCGCGCCGAGCAGCGCCGAAAGUUCGGGGUGGAGGACCGCCCGGAGGACGAUGUCGCGGAUAAGAAGAAGGCUGCUGCCGCUGAGAUGUACGACGCCUUUGACAUGCGGGUGGACAGGCACUGGUCCGAGAAGGGCAUCGAGGAGAUGACCGAGCGGGAUUGGCGUAUCUUCCGCGAGGACUUCAACAUCUCCUACAAGGGAUCCCGCAUACCCCGCCCGAUGCGCAACUGGCCCGAGAGCAAGCUUGGGAGCGAGCUGCUCCGUGCGAUUGAGAAGGUUGGGUACAAGAAACCGUCACCCAUCCAGAUGGCUGCCAUUCCGCUUGGUCUCCAGCAGCGUGAUGUCAUUGGUAUUGCCGAGACGGGUUCUGGCAAGACUGCAGCCUUUGUGCUCCCUAUGCUGUCAUACAUUACCCGCUUGCCGCCCAUCAGCGAGGAGAAUGAGGCCGAGGGUCCUUAUGCUGUUGUCAUGGCGCCUACUCGGGAGCUUGCCCAACAGAUUGAGGAAGAGACUGUCAAAUUCGCAACCUACCUAGGCAUUAAGGUUGUCUCCAUUGUUGGUGGUCAGUCGAUUGAGGAGCAGGGCUUCAAGAUUAGGCAGGGCUGUGAAGUUGUAAUCGCGACGCCUGGUCGGCUUCUUGAUUGUUUGGAGAGGAGGUAUGCUGUGCUCAACCAGUGCAAUUAUGUUGUGCUUGAUGAGGCUGAUAGAAUGAUUGAUAUGGGCUUUGAGCCACAGGUUGUUGGUGUACUUGAUGCCAUGCCAUCAAGUAAUUUGAAACCUGAGAAUGAGGAAGAGGAACUGGAUGAGAAGAGGAUUUACAGGACAACUUAUAUGUUCAGCGCCACCAUGCCACCUGCUGUUGAACGCCUUGCUAGAAAGUACCUCCGGAACCCUGUCGUCGUCACAAUUGGCACAGCUGGCAAGGCCACAGAUCUGAUUACCCAGAACGUCAUCAUGGUGAAGGAGUCAGAGAAGAUGUCACGACUCCAGAAGAUACUCACAGAUCUUGGGGACAAGACAGCCAUAGUAUUCUGCAAUACAAAGAAGUCAGCAGAUAAUCGUUCUAAAGAUCUCGACAAGGCAGGCUUCCGCGUCACAGCCCUGCAUGGAGGGAAGUCACAAGAUCAGAGGGAAAUCAGUCUUGAUGGAUUUAGGAACCGCCGGUUCAAUGUUCUUGUGGCAACUGAUGUUGCGGGGCGUGGUAUUGAUAUUCCUGAUGUUGCUCAUGUGAUCAAUUAUGAGAUGCCUAGUUCAGUUGAUACGUACACACAUCGUAUCGGAAGAACAGGGCGUGCUGGAAAGAAGGGACUUGCGACUUCAUUCUUAACUCUGGAAAACACUGAUAUUUUCUAUGAUCUGAAACAGAUGCUUAUACAGAGCAAUAGUCCUGUGCCACCAGAACUUGCAAGGCACGAGGCCUCCAAGUUUAAGCCAGGAUCAGUCCCUGAUAGACCCCCAAGGAGAAAUGACACAGUGUUUGCAUCUCACUGAAGCAAUCUGCCGAAAAAGAGCUGACGAUCCUUCUUUAAUAUUGUGAGGGGAACUUCCAUUAGAAUGUGAGGGGUCUAGAUUAGUUCUUAUGAGAGAGCAAAUGUUGAAUUUGAUCUUCAUUGUGGAUAUUUAUGUGGUUCUUUCAGCAUUUUAAGUCCAAAGAGGUGCCUGUUACUUUCCUU